UUAAAAAUAUGAAUUCUGCCCAGUCUGUUCAUGAUGAUCAAUGUAGCUUAAACAGCAAAAUGGAUUUAACCACACAUACAAAGUUCCAGUUGUUUGAAAGCACUUUUAAUUUGAACGCAUAUAUCCAUCUAAAAUAUAAACCAGAAGUAUUUAUCUUGAGUUCUGUAUAAUAAGGAUUGGUUUAUUUAUGGGCUAAUGUAUCAGUACUGGCAUUGCUUUCAUUUUAAAAUGUAUUAUCUGUUCAUCUCUGUUAUCUAACUUUUUCCUGUUACCUUUUGUUUAGGAAUCUUGCUAUACACUAAUGCAGUUUUCAAGCUCUGAGUCUUUCCCUAGUUUAUCAGAAACCAAAGCAUAGUCCCUGAGCAAACAUUAAAGGUGGGUAAACAUGGACCAGUACCACCUCAGUGAUGAAAACUUCAUCCAAUCAGAGAUGCAUAUUCCUGGAUUUUCAGAGAGUCAAGGGCUGAACUGUAGUGACACUCUCAACCUUAAGCUGUGUCCAGAUACAAGAGACAUAAUGUAUACUGGCCUAAGCAGCCUAGAUAUGGAUCCUAGCCUUUCAGCUGCAGAUAUGGCUAAUGACACUUUGGAGGACAAUUUAGAUGCACUGUCUUUGUAUUCUGUGAAGGACUGUGAUUUUGUUAAACUCCUUGAUGAGUCUGACUUUGGCUCACAGCCUUCUUUGUGUGAAUUGGGACUUCCUAUCCCAGCAGCACCUAAAGAAGUUGAACAGGAAGGCAAGUCCAGUUCUGGCAGUGCCAGGAAAGGGAAGCAUCAGCACAGCUCUCCUCAAAACCCUGUCCUGGAUUGCAGUCUCUGUGGGAAGGUGUUCAGCAGUGCCAGCUCUCUUAGCAAACAUAACCUGACUCACAGCCAGGAACGGAAAUAUAUCUGUAAAAUCUGCAGCAAGGCUUUUAAACGGCAGGACCACCUGAGUGGACACAUGCUAACACACCAGAAAACAAAACCAUUUGUAUGUAUAGAACAGGGAUGCAAUAAGAGUUACUGUGACCAUCGGUCGUUGCUUCGACAUUAUGAAAUGCAACAUGGCUUGUCUAUCUUGAAGGAGGCCACCUGUGAUGACGAUGCCUGUAAGGUCUCAUCACCUUCUCAUGAUGCAUUUGUCCAAAGAGGACAAGGUAGCUUGAGAACGGAGAGGCUUGCUGUUCAGUCUGAAUCCAAAUCUCCAAAUCCUAGCCUGCCCAACAGAGACCUACUGAAAUGUAUUGUUAGCAGCAUUGUAAAUCAGAAGCUUCCAUCAACUCCAGCAUCAUCUGCAAAGGACUUGAAAAGUUCACUGCAGUCUUGCUCCUCUGCAGCUGAUCAGGUUUCUUGCAUCCCAUCUAGCAUGACUGCACUAUUUGAAGCUACAGGUGACAAGAUGGUGAAGGAGCAUUAUCCUUGCCAAAAGAAUGCCACCUCUUCCAAUGUGUAUGCCAUAAUAAAUCCUGGUAAUUUAUCUAUGAUCACACCAGGAGAAAAUACAGUUUGCAGUUUGACUGAUACAUCCCUACUUUCAGAAUCACAGUUUCCUUUAGAGACUACGGGUUUGGAGUAUUGGCCAAACAGCACUUUACCUUGUUUUCCAUUAUUCAGAGGCCAGAAGAUUUCUGCAAACUCCUCCCAUCAGUCAAGCAAUAAUUUUCAGUGGAUCAGAAACAUGCCAGUUUGUACUAAAGGCAAAGGGAAUAGUGUUUAUAUUAAUCACAAUCCAUCUAUUACAGCUCAGAAUGUUUCAGGUGGGUUUCCUAGACCUUCUCACGCGUUCGACUCAUUUGCACAGAUGUAUGAGUGUCCAGAUGCUCUGUCAUUCGCACUUUUGAAGACCCAAGGGGAAAUCUCAGGUGAAACAAAGCUCAGCAGUUUUGAGGAAACCUUUAGGCCAACAAAAAGACAAGAAUGUGACAUUGAUUCCUGUCACUGGCAGAACAUUCAGAAGCAUAGUGUGAUACAGAAUGACGCUAACCCACACUUCAGGCAGCUUUUCAUGGAAUCCUCAGUGAACCAGGAGCAUAUGCAAGUGCAGCAACACCUGCUCCAAAUGUUGACCAAAUCUCAACACAUUUUGUCCCACACCCAGGUGGUGGCUCCAACACAGAAAGCAACUUCUCAGGUGAGACAGGCUGUAGAAAAACCACUCCAAAAUGUAUUGCAACAGCAGCAGCAGGCUGAUAUGAUUCACUCUCUUCUAGAGCACACAGAAGGUGAAGGGUCUCCCGUGUAUAUGCAAAAGACUUCGACCCAGUAUCAGAAGGAUGUGUCAUCUGUUAGUGAGGAACAAGGCCAAAUAGAAAGGCAGCAAGCAGCAGUUGGUUUGCAGUCUUCUCAGUCCCUGUCUGACCCUCUCAUAAAUUCAGUUUCUGUUUACUCUGCCAAGCAGACUAGACCCUUGAAAGGCUGUGUGGGAUUCAAAGAUAUUGACAACCCAGCCCAACCCCAGACUGUAGUAUGUGAUAAAGCCCUGGGAAACUCUACUUCUGGGAAAUCACGUCAGUGGGAAAACAAUGCUUCUGUAUAUAGCGACAAAGAGAAGAAUGAAGGAUAUUACAAAGGAACAGGUGGCAAACUACAUUCCAGCAGUGGUAGACCUCGACGCUUGCCCAGUGUCCGAAAAGAGAAGCUGAAGUUUGACCUAUCUUGCACAGCUUCUCCAAGUCAAGUGGCCAUGGCUUCCUUUUCAUUACCUGGGACUUCACCCAGUCAUGUGACUGAAAAGAAACACAAACUAACCAUUUUUAAUAGGAUUCAGGGUGGAAAUAUCUACAGCCUUACUAAUGCAGUGAGGGAAGAAAACUUGUCAGCUGGAUGUAAUAACACCAGUGGUGUCCCUGCAGAUGGGAACAGAUAUGCAAGUGGUUUCGUUUGCAAGACCUGCAGUCAGCUGUUCUACACCGAGAAAGGUUUAAACAGCCAUAUGUGUUUCCAGAGUGAACAAUGGCAUUCACCACCAGGGAAAAUGGAACAGCAGGUGUACAAUGCAGAAAACUUAAACCCUCAGAAAUUGUCACUCAAGCCAGUAGGAGAUGGAAACACUCCAUCAGAAAUUAAGAAACCUUUAGAAGACGUAACAGUGGCACCUCUUGUGAUCCCAGUCUCUGUACCUGUGACAGCUAUGAACCAACAGACCAGGAACAAAGUUAUUGAAAAGGAAAGCCAGGAUGAGAAGGACCUCAGGAAAAGUUUGCCCCCAAAAAAGAGGAAGAGGCAGACUCGUCCCAAAUUGCUCUUUAUCCCACCUCCACCUCCCUUGUGUGCUGAGAUGCAGCCAGCCAUGAUGGGAGGAUGCCAUGAGAGUAAUCUUCGAUCACCUGUCUACAUGGUUGACCACCUCCUGAGAGACUUAUUCCAAAACUCUCCAUAUACCCCACCUCCUAUGCUCAGCCCAAUACGGGAGGGAUCAGGACUUUAUUUUAGCACUCUUUGUUCUUCCUCUACUAAUGCUGGUCCCAACAAGCUGUACAGUACCAUUCUAGGCAGAAUGGAUGGAGACUUUGGAUUCUCUCUUGUGAAAGAUAACACAAAAAUCACCAUAAAGCCACACAUUAACAUUGGAAACCGGUUUCAGGCAGAGAUACCAAACCUCCAGGAUAGAACAUUUUUAGAAAAUGAUGAACAUGCAGCAUCGUUAGUGUGGAAACCCUGGGGAGACAUCGCAGCUAACCAGGAAACACAGGACAGAGUAACAGGGCUACUAAAUGUGGCCUGCUCCAGUGUGAUGCCAGGGGGAGGGACCAAUCUAGAACUAGCCCUGCAUUAUCUGCAUGAAGCACAAGGCAAUAUUCUGGAGGCCCUAGAGAUGCUGCUGUUUAGAGGACCUCAGAAAGCUCCAUCCCACCCACUUGCUGACUAUUGUUAUUCAGGUUCAGAUGUAUGGACACCUGUUGAGAAGCAGUUGUUUAAAAAGGCUUUUUGCCUACAUAAGAAAGAUUUUUACCUGAUACAGAAGAAGAUUGCAUACAGCCCAAAGAAAAUGCAUGGUUAUCUGCCUAGACAAGACAUGAAGAUAAAGUCAAAGAAUUACAAAAAAGCAUCACACAAGACAUACAGUCCAGCCUGCAGUCAGAGGGGAACUCCAGACCAGCCUGGGAGCACAGACUAUCAGAGUGCAUUUCCAUGUAAAGAGUGUGAAAGGGUGUUCGACAAGAUAAAAAGUCGGAAUGCUCAUAUGAAAUGCCACCGCGUGCAGGAGCAGAUGGAGCCACUGAUAAAUAUUAAAUGGCCCAUAAAACAUUAAAAAAUGAGCCAAAGAUGAAAGAAACAAACUCAGACGUUGACCUUCUCCAAUGGUAACUGGGAAACCACACAGGGUAUCAGUGGUAGUAGUCUUGUCUAAGCUUGGAAGAUAUGUAAAUGUUUUUUAGCAUCUGAUCAGUUGCUGAUCAGCUCUGUGCAGGGUUAGCUGACAAGACAGUGUGCCCAACCCACACUUCAGCUUAUAUCAUUGUUGGCACUGCAGAAGAAACACUCACUGUUUUUCCUAGUGCAGCAGCACCUGGUGAGGCUGGAAAGAAACCUCCACUUGAAGGUACUGAAAGGAAAGUUGUAACUGUUUGUAUUUGGUAGGAUGCCAAAGCCUAUUUGGAUGUUUUUAGUGUUUAGCACCAAUAUAACAUUGUUGGCAUCAAGUUUAACUAUAAAGAAACAUUAAGGCAUUAAAUGCUCUUCACUUACAUUAACAGAGAAAGGACGUGUGUGUUCAAUUAAGUAUACAUGUCUGGCAUUAAAUUACAAUUAUGCAUGGUUGAAAAAAAUAUAUAUGUUAAUGACUGUAAAAUAGCUGUUGUACAAAUAUGAGAGGCUCUGUACUUCUGCUUUAGUUUAAUUAAAAAAAAAAAAGCUCUUUUGCCUCCAUUUAAAAAUAAAAGUUGGAUGUGAAUAGCCCUUGUUUCUUACCAUCAGUUUAUGGGUUCAGUUGCUGGUGUUAGAAAAGGUCAAAAAUAGGAAAAUCAGUGAGAAAUUGCCAUUGUAUUUAUAUCUUUUUUGCCGAAACGGAUGGUCAUGCCCUGCAUUUCAGAUUUAAUAUGUAGUCCUGCGAUGAUCUGUGCAUUGUUAUUUUCUGUGUGCUCUCUGCAUAGCUUAUUAAAUUGGGUUCUUGAGCUCCA